AUGCUGUACCUAAUCGCUUCGACGAAUGUAAUACAGCAUAUACAGAUAGAUCUUGCAGAUCAUUCUUAUGUAAAUGAAAUUCAUGCAGAUACAGUCAGUGAGAGUAGUGAGACUGAAUUGCUUGACACCACAUCACCUUCUGAUUUUCAUGAUUUAGUGAAAGAACAUACUAAUAUUCUCGUUGCUAAAAUAUAUUCAAAAUCAGGUCUUCCACGUAACCAAGUCGAUUCAGUAAUCAAAGAUUUUUCCUGUUUUCUCGGUGGAAGUUUUCUCACAAUUUUGAAAGAAAAAGUUAUAGAUGCGCUUAAAAAUUGCCAUGCCAAAGUCGAAGUUAUUAACAGCAUUACAGAAAUGUUUGAAUCUCUUUGCAAUCAAUUCGAACAUUUAUCCACGGAGCACAAGCGUAUGACGUAUUUUCAAUCUAUAAGUGCGUACAUCCCUCCUGAAAGUUAUUGUAUUGAUUUUCGCUUAGAAAGAAAAAAUACAAAGGAAGGUGUAAAACCACAAAUGACACAAGUGACUGGACAGUGCAUUUCACUUCGACACGUUUUAAAGAACUUUUUCGAACUUCCAGAUGCUCUUAACAGUACAAUACACAUGCAAAAAGUUCAAUCAGAAUCAGAUACAAUAUAUAAUUUCGUACAAUGUACAAGAUGGAGGGAUGUAAUCACUAAAUAUUACAAGAAAACUGAUAUUGUGUUCCCGCUUCUUGUUUAUUACGAUGAUUUCGAACCGAAUAACCCUCUCGGGCCACAUUCCGAAAAGAUAGGUGCAGUAUAUACAGCAAUACUUUGUUUACCUCCAGAAUGUCAAUCCAAGCUUGAUAAUAUUUUUGUAGCCCUUUUGUUUUAUGCUAAUGAUAGGAAACAAUAUGGUAACAAGAAAAUAUUUGCUCCUUUAAUUAAUGAACUUAUAUACUUAGAAUCGGAAGGAGUACUUUUAAAUACAAUAGAAGGCAAAAAAAGAGUUUAUUUUGCAACUGGCCUUUUAACAGGAGAUAAUCUUGGCAUUCAUUCAAUGUGCGGAUUUGUUGAAAGCUUUUCUGCUAAUGUAAUGUGUCGGUUCUGCAAAGCAUCAAAAUUUUUAACUGCAACACAGUGCGUUGAAGAUUCAACUCUACUAAGAAGUUCAGAAAGCUACUACAAUGAUUUAGCCUUACAAAAUCCAAAAUUAAGUGGUAUUAAAGAGGAAUGUAUCUUUAACAAUAUACCUUCUGUGAAUAUUAUCGAAAUGCCUUUCGUUGAUA